AUGGCUUCGGAGGCACAGGCCAAGCUCCAGGCCCUCUCGGAGGAGUUCACAAAGCUACAGUCAGAAAUGCAGACGGUGGUGUCGUCGCGGCAGAAGCUCGAGGCCCAGAAGCAGGAGAACGACGGCGUCAAGAGCGAGUUCGCCAAGCUCAAGGACGACGAGGCCAUCUACAAGCUCAUCGGCCCGGCCCUGCUCAAGCAGGACAGGGUCGACGCCGAGACCACCGUCGACGGCCGCCUCAACUUCAUCAACCAGGACAUCACCCGCCAGGAGGACAAGAUCAAGGACCUGCAGGAGAAGCUCGAGCGCGUCAAGGCCGACAUCAUCAGGAUCCAGACCACCGCCCAGUCUGCCGCCCAGGGCAAGCAGCCUGCCGCUGCCGCUGCCGGGGCGGCCAAGGCGUGA